UAAUAUCAUUUAUUAUAUUCAGUGUUAAAUAUACUAGUCGGUUAACUUGACGUUUCAUUUCUUACUGCUGCAAGCGAGUCUCUGUGAGGAAUAUUUGCUAGAAAGACAGGAAAUGAAAGUGAAGGCACAAUGGCAGCUUCGAAUGAAAAAAGGAUAACGGAAACUGACCAACUUUGUAUUGAAUGUUUGCUGGGGGAAAACAGAUUGACAGUCAAUGGGGGCAUUGUGUGUCCGAGAUGCAAUAAGGAGUGUUGUGUCAGAUGUUUUGGUGUGGACUUUGAGCGAGAAUUUCCCUAUGGCGAUGAACACCCUCCGAGAUAUUGUUUGACCUGUGAACAAGAUGUUGUUAAAACAAGAAGGAAGUAUGCUCUUAAUAACAAAAUAGAAAAAUGUGACGAAAUGUUUUCCGUUUCUCCAUCAACUAAACAUUCAACAAAUAAAAAGAAUAACGUCUACACAGGAAAAGAUAAUUUCAUCAGUGCUCUUUCACCUUUCUUACAAGGAAAGACAAGGAAUUUGCCGAACAGAUUUUCCGACAGAAAUAAUGGAAAAAGAAUGGUUUUAUGUUCAAAAUCAUGCAUACCUACUGACCAAGACAAUAGAUAUUCCAUUUCUUCGCAACCUAUAUCAGUUGAACCAUCGCGAGAAACUUGCUUGAAUCACAAUAACUUUGAAAAAUUGCCUUUUUCAAAAUCAUUUAGGAAAAUAAGUCCCAAUGACAUAUUAGAUCAGCGACAGUUGUCAUUGACUAAAGACAAAAAAACCCAUGUAAGUCAUUGUAUGUAUGAAAAUACACAAGAAGACGGCGUAAAUCUGAAAUAUUACAAAUUCUAUAACGAAACAAUAACAUACCCGAGUUCGUCUGAAGUUUGUUUUCAAAACAAUGGCCAAGAACAAACCGUUUAUGACCAUGGAGAUUUAAUACAUGGCAAUCAAUUAUUACCUCAGAGGAAUUCGAUAAAUUGCUUAAAACAAAACGCAAACGUAGAUGAUGAAGAGGUCGACAAUCCAGAUUGUCCGUUUAACGACGAAAUCCCGUAUGCUCUUAUAUUAACCGGAAAAGUUGAUGAAGAAGUUUUAAGAGCGAAACAAAAGAAGACGCAACAACAGGCGUUUAACAAGAUGAAAGAACGACCAGGCAAAUUGCUGCUAUGCACAGAUGUUAUAGAGACUAAAAUUGACAGCAAAAGUCAGUCACAGGAGAAAAACAAUUCAAAAAUCCUGUCAGCCAAAUUUCAACCCAAUGUCCCAUUUAUGGCAAAUAAUGCUCAAAAGUGCGAUACCAACUGCAAAGAAACAACUACAGACAACUGUAGAAAACCCGAUCCUAAUGAUACACAUGACUCCGAGCCGAUAAUAAUGAAAGUACUAAGACAGCAGGCAAAAAUAAAGAAGAUGAAAGAUUCUCGUGAACCGCAGUUUCAGGCACACCGAAAUUCAAACACUGCAGCAAAUAUACAACCUGUUGCUAUGGAAUUCAUUCGACGAAAUAGAAUAUUAAAGAAGAAAGCAGAAAGACAAAGCGAUCCGCUGUGCAAUAUCUCUUGUCCAUUUGAUAACGAAUUUUUUAGCAUAUUUCAAAACAACACGGAUAAACAUUCGGAUACAGGUACUGUUUUACCUACCAAUACUAAUAGAUCAACUGAUUCUUCUCAACCAAAAGGGUUGAACAAAAUUAACAAAAAUAUGUUUCCAAAUACACCAAAAAGAGGAGAGCGAUAUGAAACGAAACAUAAAAUAAAAGAACAAAAAAAAAGUCUAAUGAAUACAGAUCAAGAGAUAAGUACGAAAAGGGAAUCAAGUAAGCCGAAAGUUACCGAUAAUCACAGUUCUCAAAGUGCACCUGUAUUAAGAAGAACCGAGAAAGAAGAGUUCAAAAUAGAUUUAGAACAUCUGAACAAAGCUGCCGUCGAGCGACAUCUAGCAUUUCAAAAUAUUAAACAUUCAAAGUUCAAAAUGAAAUGUUCUUCUUGUGGCAGGCCAGAAUGUAAAAGUAACCAAAGAAGGAAGAUGGCGGAUUUUGUUAGAAUAUCAAAACAAGCUGGCUUUGAAGUUCACGACGUGAGUUCCGACGGAAACUGUAUGUUUGCAGCCGUUGUUGAUCAGUUACAAAUACAUGGGGAUAACUCUUUUGAUCCCAAGGCGCUCCGAGAGACAGCGGUUUCCUGGUUGAUCGAGAAUCCUAACAACAGUGAUGGCACUCCAUUUGCAAGCUUUGUAUCGGAUAAAUGGGAUGUUUAUCUUCAGAAAAUGAUAGCAGAAGGGGAAUGGGGCGAUCAUUUGACAUUGCGCGCAAUUGCGGAAGUCCUUCGUCGGACGAUCAAAGUCCUCAGUGACAGGGACGGGGAGUCCAAUUGGACUAUACUUAAACCAAUGACUGUUGAUGAGUGUAAGGAUGAAACAGAUUUAGUGUUAGGUCAUAUCGGGGAAUUUCAUUACACAAGCCUUAGACCAGCAGGUAUAGCGGACCAAUCACUAAAGUCGCCGACAACGGACCAAUCACUAAAGUCGCUGACAGAACAAGAUGUGACAGAUACUGAUGAUAACAAUCAGACUUCUAUUACAGGAGACGAAAACAUCGAGAUGUUUCGUGACGACUACAUAGACGCUAUCAGCGACAUACCGCCCGCUCACUUCUCUUUCUUACUGAAACGUGUUAUCCCUACAAAAUUUCUGGUUUCCGCAGCAAUCAUGCAAUCAGACCAGUUACAUAGAUUAAACUAUCAAGAUCUUUUCCGGUUGAAUAACUAUGAAUGCGACAUAGAAUUUGGUGGGAGUGUAGCAGAAGGAGUUUAUGUGCCACUUCUAAACGCAGAUAUACAUGGGUUUCCAAAUCGGAAUGUGGCGACAUAUGCGUAUUCGGUGUUAAAAGACUACAUUGCCACUACAAACAGUCCUGAAAAUGAUAAGAAAAAUAACAAAAUAUAUUGUGCAUUAGACACGGCUGGGGUCCAAACUGGAUAUACAAGACUUAUGUUCCCACAAUCACACUGGAUAUAUGGACCAUGGCUGAAACUGUUUUUAGUUGAAGACACGCGACCAUAUUAUAUUUGCCCCAAGAAUUGUACCAUUGCACAUAUACAUACUUACCAAAGAAUUGCUGUUCGGUUUCAAGCCUGGCCGGAGUUUGCGCAGUCUUGGAAAGUGCGUAAACGCCUUGAGAAUUGGCCACAAGAACAUAUUAUGGCAUCAAUUGAGUCGGAAGGAUGUUUACUUGUGUCUAACAAUGAUCCAGGUUUAGAAUGGCGUUUUUCUUUCGAUCUCUGUGAGAGAAAAUUGUUUAGAGAGGCAGUAUCACCAAAUCAAAAAUACUGCUAUAUUGUUUUUGAUGCUAUGUGUACACAGACAAUGAACAAUGUUAAGUCUAUUACAUCAGAACAUCGGAAGAGUGUUUUCUUUUAUGCAUGUGAAAGAAUCCCCGGGGAAUAUUGGGAAACCUGUCCAGGAGGAUGUGUACUAUACAUGCUGGACGAGCUGUUGCGCUACAUCAAAGCAAAGUACUUGCCAAACUAUUUUGUCCAUACCAACAACAUGGUCUCCAACCUUCAAGACAGCGAUUUUAACGAUAUUGAAGAAAAAAUAACCCUUCUUAGAUCUCAGCCAGUACUGUUUAUCCAGCAGAUAAACGAUAGUAUCGGAUCUCUGUCUUGUGAAACCACAGUGAUUACUAGAGUUCUGAACGAUAUUGCGAAUUUUAAAGAGCAUAAAAGCUUGAAAAGAUCGACAAUCGAAUUGUUUAUACCAGCAACGCUACAGACAGUACAUGAAUAUAUAAAUGAGCGUUCAUUCGAAAAGGGAUACGACCUUCUUUCACAGGUAUUCCAAGACCGCUUGUCAGUCAGCACGUGUGAUGAAUCCGUAUCUUUUCAGAUGUUUCUUUCGGAUGCCUUACACGGUCUUGACAUUGAUUCCAUAGUCUGGUUCUCAGCAUACACAGACAGACAGUUAGAAGGCCAGCUGUCGAAACCGCUGAUAAGGGAAACAUGUGGGGAUUUGCAAUUAGUCAAAAUAAGAGACAUUCUUCCGCCUGAUGUUGUUGGGUCAUAUGGUGAUACUGAAGUGCCUGCUAAGUUUCUGCUAAAGCGUUGUUCGUUCUGCAACGACUAUGCAAAAUUUCUGUUUCAGACAAACAGACACUCGGAGAUUCUGCCAAUUCUUUAUUACUGUCACGACAUUUUCACUAAAUCUAAUGAAAAAAAGAAACUUGAUAAAGAUGAUGAUAAUCAUGUUGAAAAUCAAGAAAGACUGGCAAGAAGUGAUUUUACUGAUGCAUCAAUGUUCAGUAUCUAUACGGCAAUGUUUGCUGUAUACAAAAAGCAGCAUCAGAUGGAAUUUUUCCGCCACAUGAUGCCAGUUGUCAAGGGUAUCGUAAGAAGAAUGAAUACAAGAGGCGCUUACAGCUGUCUUUGCUUCAUGAACCAGGACCUCGGUGAUAGAGUUGCGUUGGAUGAGAGUUCCUCUGCAUACGGUCGGUUGCCCUUUGACGCUAAGGAACAUCAGCUUGUAAACGAUUUCCUGUACUGGCCAUACAAAUGCAAAACAUACAUUUAAAGGAUAUUUGUUUCUUAUUUCUAUUAUAGGAAAUAUAAAAUUGGUAAGAUAAACUAGAACCGGACGGUAAACUGAAAUUCCAACCAACAUAUCACAUGUCGUCUAAAAAGGAGUAUUGAAUUGCAUAAAAUCUUAACAAUUUUUUCCCUGGACCCUAUAAUUGUUAGGUUAAACAUACUUUUUUAAGUUUGAUUGUGUAAGCUUUUAGAAACACUCUCGAAUCCAUUCCUGGGACAAGCAAGUACUAAGCAAUUAUUGAAAAGUUCCUUGUUCAAGGAAACAGCGACUUGCCACACGACUAGUCUAACACUUUAACCCAAAGGUCAUGCUGCUAAACUAUUGUU